UUGAACGCCACCCAUACCACCACCACACCACCACCACCACGGGCUGUUGUUGUUUGUUGUUGUCGCGAUCGAGGCAACGUUUUCGGGUUUAAAUUUACAUUUUUAAAACCGUGGUGGUGGAAAAGAUUAAGAAUCCUUGUUAUCUAAACCAUCACACGCACGCGGAGAGAAAGAGAGAUGCAGUCGUACGGGCUGGAGAGAGGCCUCAACAUUCGCUACAGCCCCGGUCACGUUGAACUAUGCAAGGGGGAGGAGAGCGUGCGUGAGCGGCGCGUGCUGGUGACGGGCGCCACGGGCAUGCUGGGCCGCGCCGUCCACCAGGAGUUCCUCAACAACGGCUGGCUGCCGCUGGGCACGGGGCUACGCCGGGCUCGCCCGCACCACCUCCCGUUGGACCUGUGCGACGACGCGGCGGUGCGCAACCUCGUCCAGGACUUCAAGCCUCACGUGGUCGUCCACUGCGCGGCGGAGCGCAGGCCGGACGUGGUGGAGAACGAGCCGCAUUCCGCUCACCUCCUCAACGUGGUCGCGUCCGCCACGCUCGCGCGGGAGACCGCCCAGGUAGGCGGCUUCCUGAUCUACAUCAGCACGGACUACGUGUUCGACGGCAGCAGCCCCCCCUACAGCGAGAGCGCCGAGCCACGGCCGCUCAGCGCGUACGGGCGCAGCAAGCUGGAGGGCGAGCAGGCGACGCUGCGCGAACACCCCGCCGCGGCGGUGCUGCGCGUGCCGGUGCUGUACGGCGCCGUCGAGACCCUGGCGGAGAGCGCCGUGUCCGUGAUGUUCGACCGCGUGCAGCACGCCAACAAGUCGGCCGACUUGGAGCACUGGCAGCAGCGCUACCCGACGCACACGCGCGACGUCGCCCUCGUGUGCCGCCAGCUGACCGAGCUGCACCUGCAGGACCCCGCCGCCAUCAGGGGCAUUUACCACUGGUCGGGGAAUGAAAAGAUGACUAAGUACGAGAUGGCGUGUGCCAUGGCCGAUGCCUUCAAUCUGCCGAGCAGCCACCUGAGACCGGUGGAGGAGCCUCCGUCCGGGGCGUCCCGUCCGCACAACGCUCAGCUCGACACGUCUCUGCUCGAGAGCCUGGGCGUUGGGCAGCGCACGCCGUUCCGCCAGGGCAUCCACGAGUGCCUGUGGCCGUUCCUGGACGACAAUCGGUGGCGCCAGACGGUCUUCCACUGAGGCCCGGGCACCGGCGGGACAGCGCGCCGUGGGUCUCUGGCGCAUGGCUGUCUAGGCAUGUAACGAUUUACCCACCCCCACCCCCUGCUCCGCACGCCGGCGAUUCCAUAGGUUGUCACGAUUCAGGGUUUCACGAUUCGAUUUAGGAAUCUUCCUCUGUUAUCCCGCUUGUACAUUUGUACCGCACUGUCUCUCCCGUGUUCUUUAUCAGGUUCGUUAGGUCUCGUCCAUGCCAUUAAGCCGAAGGUAACUUUUUUGUUCUUCAUAAUUUGUGUAAAUACGAUGAAACCGGCUCUUCCACGCAAGAUUUCAAUGUGUGUAGCAUGAACGUAAUGUAGGUAUCUUGAACUUCUUUCGCACCGUACGUACCCGAUCGUGCUAAUCAGAGGUGUGCAGGAUGGACAACAAAAUGAACACAAAAAGCAGUUCUAAAGAAAUUAGUUUUUCAGCUUUUAAUUUAGAUAUGAUUUAAGUUUACCAAUUGUUACAUGCCUACAACUGACACAGCAUAUCUAUGGAAUCGCAGUUAAAAACACAUUUAGCAUUGUGUGUGUUUGUGGCAUGGUCAUCUUUGUUUAAAAAUGACAAUACUUUAUCGUCAGCUUCAUAUCGCUCCUGUCCACUGCUUGAGUAGCGCCUCCUGCAUUUGCUCUUUUGUCGCGUGCUGCCCGUUUAGCACUUCACAGACGCGUCUCGCUUAACGAGAGUGAUAGGUUCCGCGAAAAUUGCCAGUUCAGCGAAAACGCGUUAAAGCGAUCACCGUUUUUCCAUUGACUCCCAUGUUAAAAGCCGAGUUACGUUUCAUCCCCCAGAACAUUCCACUCUUGAACAACUUUCUUAACGUGAGAAAUACGAAAUAAAGUAAUAAAACAUCGAAUGUGACACUGAGCACCCAUGAAUAACCACACAGCGCGUGCAGGGUGCCUGUCCGUAGCGUAGCCCCCCGUCCACUUGCCCCCACCCCUCCCGCCCCUCCCGCCCCACCCGCCCAUUACAGUGCCAUUACGAAGCCCCCCACAUGGGGAAUCACGUGGGAAGCACAGCCGGGAAACAGCUGCGGGACGCGGUGCGCAUUCGAUCGAUUCGCUACGUGAACAUUUGCUCGUUUUGCGAACAAAUGGGUCUCAAUUCAAAUUUUUCGCACAGCUCGUUGAGCGAGGCACCUGUUUUUGAUUUAUCUGUCCCAACUUCAUCGCAAUUUCUAUGUUAAUUGUUCAGUGUGUGUAGCUCGUACGUCACCAGCUUAUUGUAUCGCUCAUUUACCUCUCCAUGUAACACGGUGUUGUUAUCCGAGUCCUUGUCGUCUUUUGUUAAUAACCAAGUUUGAAAUGUUUUGUUUUAUAAUGUUGGUUUUGCGUUUGAAUACAUGGUAUCUGUACCAACAUACCGGAUAGUACAGUAACGCAGUACAUUAUUAAUGGAUGUACACCGACAUAGGUUUGGUAGUGUGGCCAAAUUUGCUCGCGCAUUUUUUUCUAAAGUAGUAACUCGUUAAGUGUUUUUUUUUUUUAAAAAAAGGACGCGUAGUUCACCGUUGCUCCUUUGUUUCUACUCGCCUGGAGUUAUUUGGGGCUUUCAAAGUGUAACUACUGCAAUGAUGUCCAUUAACCAAUUCGCCCUGUCAGCGCAGAUGAUCAUUAUCAGUAACCGGUCAUUCCCUUUCACCCUUCACUCGCCCCCUUGCAGUUAUGGAUGUUUGUAUAAAAGCUAAAAGCUGUACCUCCGUUACAAUAAGGGUAGUUUGUGAAAAUGCCACGUUGCGUUGGUAUACACACACAUAGUUGUGGGCAUGCUGCACUGAUCUGUUGUUGACCUCCCCUAAGCCACCAUCAAGUUAGCUGCUGAUGCAGAGACAGCACCGGUGACGAGAUGUCAGGCCCCACACCAUCGCCCCCCUCUGUAACUUUCCGACCAUUGUUCCCUACAGCCCCUUGUCAAUGCACUGCUGGAGGAAGGCCUCCCCCACACCAUGUCGCUCAUGAGGUUUAUAUGACCACACAUCUUCAUCUUGGUGAGUCCAUAUUGGUGAAAGGAGGGGGGCAGAGGGGGGGAGGGCAGGACUGGUUCAAAUUGUCGUGACCGACAAUUGAACUCGGGUUGCCAGGUUCAUAGUGCAGUACGGUAUAACCGCUGUACGGCCACUUCCGCGACCAUUUAGCACUUAUUAUCAAAGCUAAGAGGAAGAUAUCUUUGUGCGGGUUACGUCUAGUUCAUUGUCGGUGCUUUACACUCCAAAACUGGGUAUGUCUGAAACGCUCGCUUGAGUCUUUUAAACGUUAUCGCGCUUACAGCCAUCGACAAUGGGAUUGGCGAUUAAGCGAGCACGCUCUGCUCCUGUCAAAUGUCGUGUCUGGCACCGUCGCUGCUACAAGCACUCCAUAGCAUGAGACGCACGUGGCUUGACACUGCGCUGAUGAUACUGUGUCUGAACACUGGGAGCCCAGCGCGUGCGCAUGCUGUUUGGCAGUUUCGGUGCGUUUGAUUUAUUUACAAGAAUUGCAGUUUUUUUGUUGUGAGCGCGCCAUGGUAAAACCUGCCCAGCGCUGCGACGUUCACACACACAGACAUUGCACACAGGAAGAUGGAUAAAAUAGGUCAUUUGAAAUGCUGUUGGGGAAAUGAAGGAAUAGACGGGUAAGUCGAAGUUAGACUGGAUAUGUCUUUCUUUUGUAAAGGAACAAGAAAGAAACCCUUGAUGUGUUACCGCUGCACGGGUCUUGACAUUCACCAACUCGUGUUCAGGAUGGCUGUUGUUAUCAGAGCCGCCCAGGCGGAGAGAGGGUUGAGUGGGCACGUGGGGCAACGUUCCCUGGGCCUCACAAGAGAGGGCCCUCUAUCAGGGGCCUGGGAUUUUGAAUAAAGGAGCUCCCCGCGUGGCAUUCUGCCCGGGGCCGUCAGCCCCAGGCCUCCGGGAGCCUGCGGGUAGCCCUGGUUGUUGGAGCAGGUCAAGUGAGUUGCGUGACGUUUUCCAGUUUUGUGCACGGGUGUUGGUUCCAACAAUACGCACGGGGUUUUGCCGUCUUUGUCUUUCUAUUAGGUCCAACACAGCUCUUUAAUCCAAGUGUGAACUGGUCGAGAGGGUCGCUUGUUCAAUGGGGUCUUCGCUUCUCAAUGCCAUUUUGAAUGUAGGCCCCCAUUAUUUGCCGCUUACGUGGUUUUUGUUUGUGCGAGAGGUUUCGGCACCGCGGUAGAGAUUUUUUGAGCCGGUUUGAGUGAGAUGCGAGUGUGCGUCGCGCGGUGCUCCGAAAGUGUUGCCGGAUGCGGAGGCGUUUUGAAGCGAGAGUCACUUCGACUCCCAAGCUGUGAAGCCGUUUCGGAAGUUUGCACUUUGUUUCAGCUUUCAAACGACCCUCGAUUGCUUUGUUUUCGUGAACACGGGAAUAUUUGUAUUUGUUGCACGAGCAAAGUUGCAGUUGGGUUUUUCAAGAGCGCGGCGUUCGUUCGUUCGUUCCUCAAAGGUGUGUUACGUUAUCAACACUUUGUUCACAAAUGUUGAGUGGGAUUGGUUCGGUUUAAAGUGCACGCGCCAUUUGUGGCGCGACCGGCGGUGUUAACGGUACAGCAAAGCGACGGUCCAUUUAUAGAUACCCCACGAAAAAACGAAACUUUUUGUAUCUUACCAGGUCAGGCGUCACUGCGCUCCUCCACAGCUCUUUUUUAGAAGCGACCUGGUCACAAAUGAUAGCUCAACGGAAGCGGCUUAUCAACGCAUAGCAGCCAAAUACUUUGAACGCACGUUUCUAAAUGUGGAGUGGAAAAACCGGAGGACCCGGAGAAAUAUCCACGCACCCGCGGUGCGAGAGACACGCAAACUCCAAAUAUACAAGGCAGCGUCAGGUUCAGGAUCUAAGCCACGACCUCCUGCAUUGCCAGGCGAGACAGACAUCAGUUGCAGGGGAAAACUACCGGUACGUUUAAUUUCAAAGCCUCUCCACAUCUCUCACAAAAUUCGAUGCACUUAUGAAAUCGUUCAUGAACUCGUCCCCCCGAUGCACUUUGUCCAACCGUAGCCGGCGUGAUGUUGCCGACAUCAUUCGAUGAUGCUUCUUACGCCGAGGCCAUCAACGGUGCCUUGUGACCAGCCCCACCGUGUCCUGCACGAGACCAGCCGGGGUCGUUUGAAAUCAGUGGGGGUGUCUAUACGUUGAUCGCCGUGUAAUAUGUUGACAUUAAAAAGCAAACGUCAACUGGGCUGCUGUUAAAUUGUUGUUAGGACGUCAGCAAUGGAAUGGCCAGUGCGGAAGAUGGCAAGGGAUUGUUACUCUUUUAAGACGUUGCAAAUGUCGACGUGUUCGGGCGCCUACGGACCGGUGUGUUGAAGUUGUAAACUGCUUUGUGUGGCAGCCCCCCUCCAUUCGGUCGUGUUUACAUGAAUGAAAAAGUGUUACCCUACAACUGCUUUGUUCGACAUUGUUUCUCUCCUCCAUCUGUUACAACAACGCUUGCUCUCUGUGAUCUUCUGCGCGGACAGCGUGAACGUCAAUGCCCUCCUACAGCUUGAUCGAUGUGUUCGGUGGGGAACGGCAAAUCAUUACCAAUUUAUUUACGUGAUUACACAGCGAAGUACUGAACUUGUAAUCGACAAUUUGUAAAUAGAACGUUGUGUUUAUGUAAAAAAACAUUUUUGUGUGCCAGAUUUGCCUGGCACUUAUCCGAUUCAAUUGGCACCCACGUGGUUUUCCACCCCAUUUGCGUGUGGAUUGAUAUUUUUGUAUCGAUUUCCAAACCUGUCAACUCGUACGGUUUACCCGUAUUCUUGUGCAGGGAAAUUGAGUAACAUUUUUUUCUCCCUUGUCGGAUGAACGUUUUGAGAUUUUCUAUAAGGGGCACGGGGUGACCAAUAAGGUCUGAAUUGGUCUGUAAUAAUAUGGUCGGGCACUGAUAAGGGGUUGACAGGUUUGGAGAUCUUCUGGAGCUGCUGUCACAGCAGUCGAGGUCUUCCACGGCAUUCCGAAACACCGGUGUGCGCGCAUUUCGUGGGCCUGCGCGUGCGACUUUUGGGGACGCAGUUUGCCCCCUGCUUGCUUCCUUCUCAAGACACGGCAGACCCCACUGCGUUGAAUGGCACGGAGCUAAAUUGUCUGUAGUCAGCACCGAAAACAUCUGGCGCGCGCUAUUUCACAACGCGCGCACGUCCAAGUAAACCCAAUCGAUGUUCGGUAAUUGGCAGCGUUUGCUUCAAAGUUUUCAAAUGUUCCCCAAAACCCGAUGGGCCGGGCCAGUUCCUUACGGAUGAUUCGUGACGGUAAUUGCGGUGAAUGAAUGUAUCCGACACGUGGUCAUGGUUUGUUUGUUUGUUUUCCCUGCUUCGCUUUUCGCUUUUGAAGUUGCAACCCACCGAGAUUGUCCGCGGCUAAGAUGAAUGUUGUUGCUGCUGCUGCUGCACGUGAUCGCGCGGCGGACGCGCUAUAAAGGUUUCACGUUACAAUCACUCUUGUGGAGCAGAAAGCCCCUGUGUGUGUGCUUUUAUUGGUGUGCAAGGAAACACUUCGCACGCACUCGUAAUAUCAUCGGACAAUGCACGGACAUUUUUAUAUGUUUAAAAACAACAACAGUAUGACACGUUGCUAAUAUG